CACAGACCAUUACAAAAGUUGCUUUACUUAUUAUAGUUAAUACCUACUUUAUUAUAAUUUUUGUAAAUUUGUUCGUUAACUUAUUAUGAUUGAAUAAUAUUAUCGUUAUGUCAUAUGUGUAUACCAGUGAAAACGCAUUUAAACUCUUAAGCGGUAUUGUCUGCUUAUACAAGCCAGCUGGAGUAUCCUUAAUAUCAUGUCGUCACAAUUUACUUCUAAAAUUGUGCCAAGAUUUAAACGACUUGGAAGUUAGACCGCCAGAACCUCGAGUGGUUAUAACUGGUGAUACGACAAAAGAGUUGCAGGUAAAUGUCGAGCCUAGCUAUGCAGACAACCCACUCGUAGUUGGCCCAAGAUAUCAGGAAGGCGAUCUCAAAUGUAUAUGGACCACACAUUUAGCUUCGCGGAUAUCGGGAGUUUGUGUUAUGGGAAUAAAUAAUGGUACAAAAAUGGCGUAUCAUAUUAAUAAUAAGUAUCCAACCCGAACUUAUCAUUUGUCCGGCCAACUUGGAAUAAUGACCAAAAACAUGUUUAUCGACGGGAAAGUAGUUGAAAAAGGACGCUUUGAUUUUAUUAAGCGUGAAAAUGUAGAUAAACUGAUGUCCACCAUACAAGCGGCUAGUCAGAAAAAGAUGUUUGAACUCGCUAAAGUAGAUUCUCAAAGUCAAACAGCGUACAACCUAGCUGCUGAAGGUCUCAUUCGACCUACCUGUAAUAAUGAACCAUUACUUUAUGGAAUUAAAUGUAUAAAACUGGAUUUACCAAAUUUUGUAGUUGAAGUAAAUAUAAUCAAUGAAUAUGAAAAUUAUCUGUUAUCUCUGGUCCAUGAAAUCGGAUUGAAACUUAGAUGUUCAGCUACUUGUACAGCCAUACGUUGUAUAAGGUAUUCAGCUUUCAAUAUUGAACAAGCCUUAUUGAAAAAACACUGGACUCUAGAAUACGUGUUAAACAAUUUAGUGAAAUGCAAUUUGGAAUACAAUAAGCUACGUAAUCUACCUGCGUUCCUCACGGAUCAAAAGUAUUUAAAAGAGGAUAACAAGCGAGUUUUUAAUUAAUUUAGGUAAAUUUGUGUAUAAAUGUAUGUACACAAGUAUUGUACAUAUAAAUGCAUAAUGAACUUAAAGGUUAACUAACUUUAUUAACUUAAAAAUUUAUGUUAUAGCCUUAUUAGCUUAUAUUUUUUUAUUAACUGUGUUCCUGACUUUGAGACAAAUCAAACAUUAAUACCAUUUUUUUAUUGGAUUAUCUUUGUUAACUAAUAGUUUUCACAAAACUUACUUAAAGUACAAUAUUGUUACGCAUGCAACUUGUUUUGUUUCCAAAUUUUUUGUUCAGUGUUUUAGCCUUUUUGUAUAAAUAGAAUAAGUAUUUUUCUUAGUUAAAAACUCAGAUUUAAUAAACACUAUUUUUUAUGGAUAAAAUUAUUCAAGAUGGGGAUAAUCCCUCCGACUAUUAUUC